GUACAUGAAGAGUCUCGCCCCCCCAGGAACCCCCAACUUUUUGGAAUCCACGCUGAUGGUCAUCCCCGUCUACCACACCUACGGAUACAUCAUUCUCAUCAGCUGUAUCCUCUCGGGCGGCAAGACCGUCAUGAUGGCCAAGUUCUCACCCGAGUCCUACUUCGAGGCAAUCCAGGCGCACAAGAUCACUUUUUCGCCCAUCGUUCCACACAUUGCGACGUACCUGGCGAAGACGCCCCUCAUGGCCAAGUACGACACUUCGUCGCUGAUGGCCUUCGCCAGCGGGACGUCGCCCCUCGCCCCCUCCACCCACGUGGAACUCAUGCAGAAGACCGGAAAGGGAGCUGGCGUCGGCUACGGCAUGACAGAGGCGUGUGCCACCAUUGCUAACAACGGCGGGCCGCUCGGGUUCCAGCUGGGUUCUGUCGGGAGGCUGCUCCCUUACUAUGAGGGGAAGGUGGUGGACGUGGAGACGGGCCAGGUGCUGGGGGCGGGCCAGGAGGGCGAGGUGUGCGUCAGGGGCCCCUCGGUCAUGCUGGGCUACAUGAGCAACCCCAAAGCCACAGCCGAGGUUAUUGACGAAGACGGGUGGCUUCACACGGGAGACCUCGGCUUCUUCGAUCAAGACAACUUCAUCUUCCUUACAGAUCGUAUAAAGGACCUCAUGAAAGUCAAAGGAUAUCAGGUGGCGCCGAGCGAGAUCGAGAAGAUCGUGCGGGAGGUGGAGGGCGUUGCUGAUGUAUCCGUGGUGGGCAUUCCCGACGACAGGCUGGGCGAGGCACCGAGGGCGUGGGUGGUACCAGCGCCCGGGGCCAGUCUUGAUCCGGCUCACAUUCAGCAGUAUGUUGCAGGCCGGGUCUCCGCGCCUUACAAGCAGCUGGCAGGAGGCGUGGAGUUGGUGAACGAACUCCCCAAGAAUCACCUGGGAAAGGUUCUCAAAAGGAAGCUCAAAAUGGACUGUCUCAAACUUCGCUCCAAACUAUAAAGAUUACCCUCCCCUCUGUCUCCUCCUUCCUACUCCUCUCUCUCUCCCUCAACAUCUUUCUCUCCCUCCCCUCCCUCCUUCCCUCCUUCACCCUCCCUUUUCCUCCUUUCCAUCCUUCCUUGUCGGCCUCAAUAUGUGCUGUACUGUUGACGCGAUUUUAAACGGGUAGAUUAUGCUGUUGGUAUACUUCUCAUGUAAUAUGUAUUGUGUAUCUAACGUUGGGCAUUUCCCAUUUUGUCUAUAAUUUGACCUUGAGGUAAAUAAAUAUAGUGUAUAUC